CACCGCGCGGUCCCCAACGCGCACUGUCGUGUUGCGCGCGACCAAUUUUAAAAUCGAAAUCUCUCGAUCAGUGAAGGGAAUUGUGACAGAAGUGUUGAGUGUCAAGUUCAGUGUUGGGUCAUUAGAAGUUGUGUGAUGUGGACCAAAUCUUAGUGCAAGGUCAGUGAUGGUAUGGAUUCGCGAUGCCGGAUUGGCGAUACAACGUGCUGUCGACCAGUGAGGCGUUCCUCGACGGCGCCGGCCCGCCGCGAGACCCUCUGGUGUCUAGCUAUCCGCGACGCGCCGACCGCACGCGGCCCAUACACACCUGUCCCUACACAACUAUCUUCCUAGGAAGUCGCUCGCACGUGCCCUACCGUCUGCCAACGCAUUCUGAAAACGGUGACCCAUUCGCAGAUGCAUAUUCCGUAGAUCGUUCCUCCAAUUUGACCGAUACGUCCAGUUUCGCACGAUACGAGGAUUGUCGUCCACAGAUAGACGAAACGCUAUCAGAAGAGAACGAACAAGUUUACUCCGACGAAAAGGCAGAUGAAAAUUUAUCACUCCAAGUUCAAAAGGUGCCAUACACAUCAAGCGUGUAUUAUAUAUCCGCUAAAUCAGAAACAUUAAACAAAGAUGGACAGGGAACUGAUCUAUUCCUGGUCGAAGCAUCGGAAUCGGACGCCCUGUCGUCCUGCACGUGCGAUAGCUUUGAACGCUGUGAAUUCGACUGUAGGGAUUUUGAGCCAUUUUCUGACACGUGCUGUUGCGACCCACUUAGCGAUGGAGUGUGCAGUCGUAGUCCAAAAGUAGUGGAAUCACCGGAGGGCUUUUGUGACAAAACCGUUGAUGAAGAUGGUGCGUCGGCGCGAAGCGAUAUGGACGGUCUAGAUUUAACUUUGUUCGAACCGGCGCAAACGGAAUCGAAUCAAUGCGAAGUUCAGACAACGAGUCGCAGCGCGGGGACGGUAGCGACUGGUCUAUGCGGGGUGCUGUAUUCUGUACCAGACUCCGGUAAUGACGGUGCUGCGGUUGCGCUGAGCGGCGCGGCGGUGGGCGUGCCGGCGUCCUGGGAGCCGUUUUACUGCGUGCUGCAGCAGGAUCGCCGCACUCUCACCGCCUACACCAGCGAAGAACUUGCUCAAUCAACGAAUAACAACGGGGAAUACUCGACUCGAAGUCUUCCUCGGGUGCGAAUAGAUGCCGGUUCUAACGCGGGAACCGCUGGUGUACGGCUGCGAUGCUGGGCAGCACCGCCGUCUAUCACCGAGGAGGAAGUUGAAGACGAGAUCGAAGAAGAUGCCGUGUCUUUACGAGCUGUGCCCGUUCAAGACACAUCAUAUGAGAAAGCAUGUCGGCGGGGCUCGGCACCGAGCACGCCGGUGCCGGGUGCGCAGGCGCAGCACAGCCCCUCGCGGCUCGCCUCCUUCUUCUUCUCGAAGCGAUCGUUCAGAAGCAACCCGCUCAAAAGGACCAAGUCAGCUACGAAGCUGGAAAGAGAAAGAGCGCUGGCUGCUGUCCCCACACAUCCUCCGACACACGCACUACGGACCUCAAGAUCUCAUGAAAGUCUACUGUCAGCACACUCACCCGCCGUAUCCACUAUGGAUUUGGGACCACCAAAUCAAGUAGAAAUCCGUGCGCUGCACUCGUCGGUGUUGGGCCGCGCGCACUGCUUCGCGCUCAGCGCAGAGAACAGAGCACCGCGGUACUUCGCCUGUGCCUCGAGGAAGGAACGCGAUCGCUGGAUAUACAGCCUACGGCAAGCGGCGCGACCGGACGAGAUGCGUACACGACGAUGCGAGCGCACCGUCAAACUGUGGCUCCUAGAGGCCAAGGCCAUACCGCCCAAGAAACGAUACUACUGCGAAAUACUGCUCGACGAUACGCUCUAUGCAAGGUCGUCGUCGAAGUUGAAGACGGAGCUGUGCUUCUGGGGCGAGGUGUACGAAUUCGGCGCUUUACCCGCAGUACGCAAUAUUCACGUCAAUGUGUACCGCGAGCCGGAGCGGCGCGCGCGCAAGCGGGACAAACACGCGCUAGUCGGAACUGUCCGCAUCCCUGUGGAUGACGUGUCGUCCCGCUACUUGAACGAGCGUAUAACAAUAUUCUUAUCACAAUAA